AUGAAUGCUAUUUUCAAUAACUUUUUUUGGACCGUUAUUAUUUCAGCAACUCUUUCUAAAGGGCAAGAUCACUCUUCGGAUAAAGACGACGGAAUCAGAGUGAGUGAGGGUCAGAUUAUCGGAAUUAUUUUAGGAACAAUUGGAUUUUUUAUUUUCUGUGGGCUCAUUACAUACAUCAUUGUGAAAUAUAAGUGUGGAGCUGCAAGUGCCGAGAGCUUUCAAGAUAUAGCUAGCGAAAAUGUUAUUCAAUCAAAUCAAGUUGAACAAAACUAUAUGGUAUAUUUAGAAAGUGAAUCUUCGUUAAUACACAGAGAAAGUGAAAUCCAACAGAUUAAUGGGGAAAACCUAGAAUUGUGGAGAAGUUUAGAUAGAGAAGCAGAAAAUUUGCAACCAGAAGAAAGCCAGACCCCAGAAAUUAACUCAGAAAGUUCAACUCCAUCAUCAAUAAAUUCAGAAACCCCAAAUCCAGCAUCAAUAGAUUCAGAAAAAAAGAAUCUGGUUGAAAAAGCAAAGCCAAAAAAAAAAGAGGAUUCAAAGUGCAAAGAAUUCUCCAUUGCAUAUCAAAAAACUUGUUCAAUAUGUUUGAACGAUUUUAAGGUUGGAGAAUACCUUAAAAAAACAAAAUGUGACCACUUAUUUCACAUAUGAUGCUUAGAUGAAUGGGCAAAUAAUUCUAAGCAAUUAACAUGUCCGGUUUGCCGUGAAGAUAUACUGAAGAAACCAUAA